CAUCAUCAACGAUGAGCCUCCCCCUCAUCUUCAAACGAGGCUACGUGGUCCGUGCGCUCCCACGACAGCCAGAUCCUCUCAAAGCUUCUCCACGAGCAAAAACAUGGACCGUCGCUCCUGGUGUGACCUUCACGCACAAUCCUCCGCCGAGUGUACCAAGUCCCUUCUCACUCACAUCUGCGCCGGCUUCUCCUCUGCUUGCGCUGGGCCCACGUACACGAACAACCGAACCCUCAACGAUCAACGAGCUGCUCUUACCGCCACGUCUCCAUCGCCCGCCGAAGGCUAGAGUCGCCCUCACAGAUGGGCAAGUUGCUGAGAUUCGCAAAUUGCGCGCUCACAACCAGAAGCCGUACAUGCUCGCCAAACAAUUUGGCGUGAGCGAAGACUACAUACGUCUGCUCGCACCAUUGAAGAGGUCGCAAAGGAUUGGGGCGAUUGCGAAGGCGCGUGCAAAGGAAGAGAGGGAGGAUUGGGGAUUCAGGAAGCGGGUUAUUCGGGCGAUCAGAGAGAAGAGGAAAGAUUUCUGGUCAUUGGCACCUAGGAAGUGAGGUCCACAUAUUUUCCAUAAUCUUGUUAAAUGUUAGGCGUGUACAUGCGGCAUCGUUGUGAUUCUGGGUGCCGAGAUAUUUGCACACAAGCAACUGAAAGUAUCUAA